UUUUUUCAUCUUUUAUAUCGACUUGAAUUGAAUUGGAAACCUUUGAUAUUGGGCUUUGGAUCAGAAUUUUAACCCCAAAAUCCAAUCCAAUAUGUCUGUAUUCAGCCCAAUACCUAUCGUACCAAACAAAGCCCUCCUAGAUCCGCCAUUGUUUUCGCAUAAACCCUAGUCAUUGCUUUCUUCUUUUUUUAUUUUUUGAUAAGAGACCCUAGUCAUUGCUUUCUUGUCCGCUGCAAUAGUUGGUUGUUGGGUUUAUCCAGAAUUACAUUACGAUAUAUUUGAUUAAAUUUCAUUCCUAAAUCUCUAUCUCUAAAUUUGAGCCUUAGGGUUUAUUGAGGGUUUAUCAUGCUCUUUCUUUUGAUGUUCCCGUUUCGCUUUCUCUGUUUAAACAAUCGUAGGUUCGGGUUUUAAUUGAGUGCUCACUCACUGGUGAAUUAAACAAUACUCUGUGAGAUAAAGAAAUGUUGGAUGAAAGCAAGUUCGAUGUGCAUCUAAAACUAUGGGCACUUCGAGUUCCUCGCGAGUUUUGCAAGGUUGGCACUCGAAUUUUAAACGGGUAUUUACUUGACAAGGCUCGCAUUAAGCCUAUCACCGAAGAUCCAACAUGUGAGAAAAACCGUUACAUGAUUUUGUCUGAAAGAGUUCAGAAUCCUGAUUUAUCUGAUAUUCCAGAAGAAAAACUUGGUGAACUGAAACUUUUAUGCAAGAUUGAAGUAGUUCCCUAUUCACUGACACUUGGAUAUUCAUAUUGGAGUACAGAUCAUGUAUUGAAGCAGAUUCUACCUUCUGGAGUGGAGGUUCCUUCAUCUUUUGAAACGAUAGGUCACAUUGCUCAUCUGAAUAUACACGAUGAAUUACUUCUCUACAAGGAUGUUAUUGCAAAGGUUAUCUAUGAUAAAAAUUAUCCAAGAAUCAAAACGGUUGUUAAUAAAGUUGGUACAAUUACAAAUGAGUUCCGUGUCCCAAAGUUUGAAGUUCUUGCGGGGCAAAAUGAUAUGGUUACAGAAGUGAAGCAAUAUAGGGCAACUUUCAAGCUUGAUUACAGCUUGGUCUACUGGAAUUCAAGAUUGGAACAUGAACACAUGCGGCUGGUUUCUCAGUUCCGAGCUGGAGAGACCAUUUGUGACAUGUUUGCUGGCAUUGGUCCCUUUGCUAUUCCAGCAGCACAGAAAGGAUGCAUAGUGUAUGCAAAUGACUUAAAUCCAGAUAGCAUUCGUUAUCUGAAGAUUAAUGCAGAAAUCAACAAAGUUGAUGAUCUUGUUUGUGCAUACAACAUGGAUGCAAGAAAGUUCAUUAUGCAAUUGAUGGCGGUGCCAGCUGGUGAGAUUAAAAUGGAUCCUGAUUUCCUCAAUAGGAAAUGUAGUGAGAAAUAUGAGAUGGAGGCCAGUGAGGAAUCAAAGUCGGAAAAUGGGAAGCCAACUGGUGUUGAGGUGAAGUACGUGCCAGAUACUAUUACUAGUGAUCUGGAGUGUGUGCAAGGUUCAAGCAGGAAAGCAGAUACGCCUGUUUCUGCAGUUAAAAGGCCUUCAGGUAAUUGUCAAGAAGAGAAUGGGGGUGCUGAUGGAACUGAUACCUCUGAAGCUUGUCGAAGAAAACGAAGCACAAAUAAGAGGAUGAGAGGCUCUGAGAUAUCAAAUGCUAAGACUUGGGAACAUGUUGAUCAUUUGAUAAUGAACUUACCUGCUUCUGCUCUUCAAUUUCUAGAUGUAUUUAGGGGCAUACUACAUAGGAAAUAUUGGAAGGGACCUCUUCCUUGGAUUCAUUGCUAUUGCUUCAUGCGGGCAAAUGAAACCCAAGAAAUUAUAGUUUUGGAGGCAGAAUCUGCCUUGAAGGCCCGUAUACAAGACCCAGUAUUUCAUAGGGUUAGGGAUGUGGCUCCAAACAAGGCAAUGUUUUGCUUGAGUUUUAGGUUGCCAGAAGCAUGCUUCAAUGAAGAUACCACUGACAAUGUAAUUCAUAAUGCUGCUGGAGAGUGAUUAGCACUUCAUAGUUUGCCAAGACUUCAAGAUUGGGUUUGUCGAUGUAUCAGUUGCGGGUACAAUGGGUCAAGUGACGUUGAACCGAAAGAAAACUGCCAACAGAAAAUAGGGAAGGCCUUUAUGGGUCACUUGUAGCACUGUUCAUCUGGGUUCUGGCCUGGGCCGGGUUAAGUUAGGUCCGACCCAAGCCAGAACCCAGAUGAAACUGAUUUUAAAAAUCUGGAAUUCGAGUUUCCGGGUUGUACCUGGUUUUUUAUUUUUUCCUUAGUUUGAAUGUUUUGAUGUGUGUUUUUUUUUAACAACCUACAGUAGUCAUUUAGGUACUUCCAUGUGAUCUAGCUUUGUCAGGCACAAGAUGUUGGCUGAUGGCUGAUGGCAGACAAUUGUUUAUAGAUUACAACCACUGUAUAUUAAUCAAUGGUAGAGAUUUGUUCAUACCAA